AUGCCGCGCCGACAGUUCCAGGCUGACCUAGCCAAAGCAGUGGAAGGCGUCUCCAUCGCAGGCAUAUCCAAUGUGCAACCUGGCGGCGAUGAUGGUGAAUUCACUUUCAUCUGUCUUGCCCAGGGCCAGCAGCUCACCGUCUCGGUACUUGUUCCUGAACUAUCCGACUAUCCCUCAAGCCACGAGUGCAUGGUCUUUGGUGCAGACAAUGCACCUGCCACCGUUGCUGCCGCCCUUCACGGGAUCGCCGAUGCGGUCACUGGCAAGACCAUCGCCGAGAUUCUAGAAGUCGUGUCCAUCAGACUGCAGUCCACCGACGAGGAUGGAGACAAGCAGAUGCUGAAUUCGCAACAGUAUGAAGAAUUUGACGUCAGCGACGAAGAUGCCGAAGAAUACUUCCCCGGCGAUGAAGAUUUGGAUCCCAGACCAACCCUGACCAACUACCCUUCCUCCGCAACAGGCGGUCAGCCGACCGAAGCCACAACCACCUUUCGACAGCGCAUUCGUGACGACUUUCAGACAGCCAAGAAGGAAGGCUUCAGGGUAGGCUGCAUGGGCGGCCUCAUGGAUGGCCUGGCUUGUCAUGUCACCGUUUCCAUUCGCCUCUCCAAAUUGGGCAUCUCGGAAGAAGCCAUGCAAGCUUGGCAGCUUGAGCCGUCGAAAUAUCUCGUUGCCAUCAUGCACUACCCUAAUGGAUACAAGAACAUGGACGACCUCAAGUCGUACCCUGCAGCCCAGGCUUGCCGUAGUCUUGUGGUGAGGAUAGGCAUCUCGACCAGGUACAAGCCCACGAUGCAGGAAGCCAUCCAGUGCUUUUCCAUGGUGAGCAAAGACGCAGUGAAGGAGUCGGAGAAGAGGCAAUCAAAAUAUCCUCAAGGAGCCACUCCCACUAGUGGCUUCCACGACUCGUUCAUCUCACGGCCGCUGAAUGAACUACUGGAGCAGCGAUUCCAUAUGCUGGUCAAGUAUCGCUAUGGUGGUAUGACCUGGAACGGAGCUGAACUCUUCUACAACACCCAGGUACACACUGCAUCGCACCUCCACCACGAUGCUUCAAAGGAUGUUUAUUACAAGCAAGAGCAAACCAGCAAUGCUUGGCCCAAAAUCGUCACCGACGACCACAUCACAUCGGCCUCUAGUCCACAACAUUCUCUACCCCUGGUCGCAAUGCAAUUCAUUUUACGACACUUUGUCCGCUGUACCGAGUUCUGCCUCAUCUGUUUCAGCAAGAUGCCCGAUGAUCUCGAGGCGAUUAAACCCUAUGUUUGCGACAACCCUCUCUGUCUGUACCAGUACAUGUCUUUGGGUUUUGGGCCCAGCCUGGAACACGAGAUUAUUUCCCAGCCAAAGGUGGUUGAUCUUCUCGUUAGCUUUUGCUAUGCAAGUGCUCGACACGAUCGCUUGAAGGACUUUCCCAGCGGACUUGGCUUGUUGGUGCCACCGACUGUGGCUAUUGACUACAACUACACGCCAUUCGAAUCUCAACGGCAUCACUACAAACAACCAGCCACGCAAUCUGCUACCGCGCCUAGUCCCAUAAGGAAUGAUAUACCUAUAAACGUCACUUACUAUGAUAAACGCCACGAGCUACUUUUUCCAGACAAGACCAAGCCAAACCCUGUAAGGAAGGGCCAGUGGAUCGUUCUGCGUUUAGCGGAUUCACCAGCUGUGCUUUUACACCUUCGUGUCAUCGAAACUUGCUACUAUCCUUUGGUGCGGGUUUCAGAAGCCGCUCGUCCAGCGGAUCAAGACGUUAGGUAUGAUCCGCAUGUCAUUGCAGCCUUAGGUCUGCCGCAGCUUGUAUCCAACUCAAUAGCUUUCCCUCCGAAAGACGGUUUUCUACCUGCAAGCUUCUACAUUUACAAUGAGAACUUUGAUAGUCUCAGUGACGAUGGGAAGCGACAGGCUAUAGCUACUCUUUUGGAUUUGCUACCCCCAGUUCGCGACAUGAAACAGUAUCUCCUGCGAAACGCUCAGUCAACGCUGAGUUCGUGGGUAGAUCGGCUACCUCCUGCUGCGUUGGGCGUCCUGCGAUGGAUUAUUGCGUCGAACCGAGCGUGUAUUGUGCAGGUCGAACGGGAAGAAGACGAUACUAGCAGUCGGAAGUCACAAGAUCGACUCUUCGGCAUGAGGGGCUGGACACAAUUCCGCUUUGCCAUGGGCGCGCCUGACAAGGAACGCCGCUUUGUUCAGGCAGUACAAUCGACCACUUCGAGGCUUCGUCUCCAGUAUCCUACACUGUUUGCUUGGCACGGAAGCCCACUGGGAAACUGGCAUGGAAUCAUCCGUGAAGGACUGCACUUCAAAGAAACUUGCCACGGGCGAGCAUUUGGAAACGGCGUCUAUCACUCCACUAAUGUAAAUACCAGUUUAGGAUACUCGCAAUCGGGCAUCUCGGGUGCCUGGAUAUCGAGCGAACUUCAGAUCCAGCAAGCCUUGGCGCUGAAUGAGAUUGUGAACGCUCCUGCAGAGUAUGUCAGCCAUGCUCCCCAUUUGGUGGUUGCACAACUCGACUGGAUCCAGACGCGGUACUUGUUUGUCAAGACUACUGUGGAGGUCACUGGUGCUCCUCCUAGCCGGGAGGACACACAGCCACUCGAGGUUCUCGAACAAGACCCACUGUGGACUUCCAAAGGUAUCAACGGGCCCCUGGUUAUACCAAUACACGCCAUUGCAGCAUCUCGCCGACCACAGUCGAUAGCGACUUCAGUAAGUAAUGGAGCCAAGUUCAACCUUGGUAACGACAUUGGGUCUUGGCUGACUCCUCCCCAGCAGCACAAGCGACAGAAAGCUUCUGGGAUUACUCGGUAUGACCCAAUUGAGAUUGAGGACGAAUAUGCAAGUGAGGCCACUGAUGAGGAGGACCUUGCCAUCUUCAGCACCGAGGAUGGUAUGCCUCUGCGGUUGGGGGACUCCUUACCUACGCCAAAUUCCGUUGCUGGGGACAAGGGCAAAGGAAAGCUCUUGAGCCUUGCUUCAUUUGGCAAUAAACUCUUUGGUUCGAAGUUUUCGGCACCAAGCCAGCCUCUUACAGACUAUGUUCCCGGAUCUCUUGACUACAGCACUCUGCCUAUGCUGACGAUGCCGUCCUGGGCCUCGAUGUCUGCUACGAGACGUUUGAUGAAGGACUUCAAGGAACUUAUUCAAGUGCAGAAUAAGGAACCUCUGCAUGAACUGGGCUGGCAUAUUGAUGAAGACAAGAUUGAAAACAUGUAUCAGUGGAUCGUGGAGCUACAUUCCUUUGAGUCAACACUGCCAUUGGCCCAGGACAUGAAGCAAAAGGGCAUUAAGAGCAUCGUUUUGGAACUGCGCUUCGGCAAGGACUAUCCCAUGAGCCCGCCAUUUGUCCGCAUCGUCCGUCCCCGCUUCCUCAGCUUCCUACAGGGUGGAGGCGGUCAUAUUACUUCUGGAGGUGCCAUGUGCAUGCAGCUUCUUACCAAUGAUGGCUGGAGUGCUGUUUCGUCCAUCGAGUCUGUCCUCCUUCAAGUUCGCAUGGCCAUAUCAUCGCGCGAUCCCAAGCCCGCUCGCUUGGCCACGACUGGGUCUCGGGCAUAUGGAGUCGGCGAGGCAGUCGAGGCAUACAUGCGUGCUUGCAGGACCCAUGGCUGGACUAUUCCUCCUGGUUUUCACGAGAUGGCGCUGGGUGGAACCGAUGUUUCACUAUUUGACGGCUAG